UGAACAUGACAUAAUAGCAAGCUUGAAUAAAGGCAUAUACAUUCCAUGAUGCUUUAAACUUGAGAGUUCUUAAAAUCUACAGCAACCUAUAUAGCAGCAGCAGCAGCAACCUAUGUACAUUAUAUGACACAUAGUAAUCUUCAUUCACAUAUGCUAUUUAAAGAGAGUUCUUAAAAUCUGCUCUGUAUAUACAGCAACAGAAGUUUAUUUAGCAGCAGCCUAUAAUAGUGUUUCAUUUUGUGUUUAUAAUAUAGGUCCAUCUGCAAAGCGAGUACGAGGUCCAACUAGGGGUAAGAACAGUAGUAGACUCAUGAGCCAACAUGGUGGGAAGAAGCUUUUUGUUGGAGUUUCUAUUGAGAGGAGGACAUUUGUGGGGCUUAAUGCCACCAAGGCCGCUAACGAAUUGGGGGCACAAAUUCGAUUGCAAGCCCCAUUGCAAGGAACAAAAAAUUGGGAGGACGUUCCACCAGUCAUUCGAGCAGCUAUUGUACAAUCCUUGCGGGAUAAGUUUGAGAUUGAAGGAUAUGAUGAGAGUCCACUUCCACAAGAAAUCAUUGACACAAAGGCCACACAUUUGUUUAAAGGCUGGCGAUAUCAUAUGCAUGAACAUUACAAAGAGUUGGUGAAAGAAGGUACAGAUCCUUAUAGUAAACCAUUUGUUGGGGUGAGCGAAGAAGAUUGGAGAUACAUGAUUGAUGAAGUGUUUCUUGGUGACACACACAAGAAACAGUCAACAAGAAAUAUAGCCAAUAGGAAAAAGUUACCCUAUAAUCACACCAUGGGUUCAAGGUCAUUUUCAGCAGCAAUCUCAAUUGAGGUAACAUAUUUUUUGUUAACAAUAUUACUAAGCUUGCAUUUUAUAUGUUUCAUGUAG